ACUUUCAACUCAAAAAUAGAAGUGUUAUCUAUUUGUCGUCGCUUAAUCUACUAUAGCUACAUAACUUAUUGUACAUUUGGAGGAUGUUAUGCUUAUUUUUAUAAAGCUUUUUAAAACUUAUUGCAAUUAUGUUGGAUUAUACAAAACAAAAGAAAUUACCAAUGUAGAACAUAGGGUGCGUGCGAAAUCAUGGGCGAUGAGACAGAGACACAAACCUUGCUGAGUGGAACUGGAAGAAGUAGUUCUACCAGUGAGAAUGUAUCAACUAAACAAUGCUCGCCUUGUGAUCCUAGGACAGCCCUUCAUCGAUACAUAUUUCUUGUAUUUAUAUGUAUUGUUGGGGUAGGAGAUUAUUUCUGCACGGAUAGUCCAGCUGCGCUACAAAAUCAUUUUCUGCGGGAUCUGAAUAUAUCAGAGACAAAAUUCAUGACAUUUUAUUCAAACAUACAAUGGGCCAGUAUAGUGUCGUGUAUAUUUGGCGGCUUUUUGAUUGACAGAAUAUUUGGAAACAGACUUGGCAUGACGUUGUUUUCGAUUUUGGCCACGUGUGCUCAUGCAAUGUUUUCAGUUGGAGCUAUUUCGAACAGUUACUGGACGAUGUUUGUGGCGAGGGCCAUUUAUGGGUUAGUAAAUGGACCAAUGUCGAUUGCAAACCAAAAUAUGGCUGUCAAAUGGUUUAAGACAUCAAAUAUAAAUAUGGUAUUUGGUCUUAAAACCAGCAUAGCCAGAGCUAGCAGUGUGGUUGUUAUAAACGUGAUGGAUACCAUUUAUGACUAUUUCGAAAAGCUUUCACAUGGGCAUGUAUGUUUAGGUAUUACAUUAUUUACAGGUGUGGUUGUUAUGUUCCUGUCGUUUCUUUCCGCUGUUGUUGCGUCUGUUUUAGAUCGAAGAGCUGAAAACAUGAACGACGUCGUUUUCGAAAAGGAACAUAUAAAAGAUGAUAUCGUAGUACGAGUUUCUGAUAUUAAAGACUUUCCUGCAACAUUUUGGCUGAUAUCAAUGACGACAACAUGCUACUACUUAGCACUGUUUCCAUUUGUAGGGCUCGGACAAGUAUUUUAUGAAAUGAAAUAUGAUCGGGAACCUCAGGUAGCGGAUAAUGUAAACAGUAUGGUGUAUUUAAUGGCUGCGAUUACAAUGCCAGUAUUUGGUUUAUUGAUAGAUAAACUAGGAUGGAGUCUUUUCUGGAUGUUUAUUGGCAUUAUUUUAUCUACUGGAAGCCAUGUCAUCCUGGCUUUUACUUUCAUAGAGCCAUAUAUUGCUACUGUUGCAAUGGGACUUGGAUAUUCUAUCUUUACUGCUGCAAUGUGGCCAAUGGUUUCAUUUAUAAUAACCUUCAAUCGUCUCGGAACUGCUUACGGCAUAAUGAACGCUAUGGUUGCUGUUGGUCAAGCUGGGGCGGCAUACUUUGCAGGUUAUUUAGCAGAUAAUAAUGGAUAUCUUGUCUUAGAGGUAUUUUUCACCGCUUGUAUGGCAGGAUCACUUAUACUUGGAAGUCUUCUGUAUAUCACUGACCAGGCGAAAGGAGGUGAAGUAAAUCUCAGUUCUACAGAGAGAAGGAAUCGGGCAAAGCUGGAGCAAGAGAGAAGAAAUCGGACAAAGCUGGAGCAAGAGAGAAAGAAUCGGACAAAGCUGGAGUAGUGUAAAGCUGUAAAGAUAAAGGACGCGCCUCUGACAGUGGCUGGACAGGUUAUAUGAGACUAAAAGACAAUUUGAACUUUAAAUUAAAACAAAAGUAGUACAGAUGAAAUCCAUUAUCUGCAAGUUGUGUGUAGUAUUUUGAUAAACACAUCUCAGGAUUUGAUUUGGGUUUAAUAUUACCUGAAAUGUAGAGAAUAUAAAAGCAUGUAUGUUCAGUUUUCAUUCCGACAGUGUUUAUGACUGCAUAUGCAGCGUAUAUUUUAUAAGCAAUUCAAAAAAGUUAAAUUAUGUGUAUAUAUGGUAUAUUACACAAAUGUCACAUGCACUUGAGGAUGACAGUAAUAGUGUGAUAUUGAAGUGAAUGUCAUCUGAGACAAUAAAACACAAAUGAACACACAUGUCGGUUAAUCAAAGUCGCUCAGUUUUUUUGAUAAUAAUAAUGAAAGAAAACCAUGUAAAACAUUUCAUGCCUUUGAAUUAUGAGUUGAUAAAGUGUCCUAGUGUACUUUUAUAUUUCAUUGAGUAUGAUUUAUGUGUCUACAUUUAUUCUAAACUGUUUUAUUUAUUAAAAAAAUUACAAAAUACAAAUUGUAGGCAUGCUUUUGCAUUACUUAAAAUUUGAUUUCAAAAUAGAGCAUUUAUUGUCUAUUGCCUGCUUUGCUGAGCAAAACGCUCCACAGUAUUUUUGCGCACAACCACAUUAUUUUCAUUUAUUCAGGAAAUAAUUCUAUGUGUGUGUACAAAUAUGCUCUCAUUCACACGACUCAGAAACUGUCCUUUGUUUUACUUCUAUGUUACAACUGGGAUUUAUGUUAACAAUUAUUCCUGUCUGGUUUUGUCAGAUAAGCAUGUGACCUUUUUCCAAUCUGUUGCUUGGUUAGUGCAAUAAGGAAACUGGGUUCAACAAGAUUAUGCAUAAUAAGUGUAGAUUGUCAAUAUACAUUCGCUACGAUGAAGCAAAUUUAGGUAUUUAGAUUACAUAUAUUAAGUAGAAUAUAUUUCCUUGUACAAAACAGAACAAAUUAGGAAGUUCAAUGUGUCUUCAAUCUGUUACAAUAAACACAUUUAAAACGUCUACAUCUGAUUCUGUGCAACUGGCGAUUCCUCUCACCCACAAGUUUUCCCUGCUUGCUUUGACUUUAUUCAGUCAUUAGAGAUCAAGUGUUUUAUUUACAAAAAUGCAAUGCGUCGUCAUUUUUACAAAAAC